CGGGUCAAAGGAGGCGCGGUCUCCUAAGCUUAUGGCGGGUCUGUUACUAAGUGGGGGCCGGAUCAUGGGGCUUCCGGGUGGUCAACUUUGGCCUCUCCUACCUCGCGGUCUCGGCGUUUGGGGUCAGGCACAGGGGACUGGGACCGCGAGGGUCUUGUUGAGGCAACUCUGCGCACGACGAGAGAAGUGGCGGGCCUCGGGGUUCGUCUGCAGCUGCCUGGGAAGCCGGCCCCUCAGCACUGCGAUGCCGCCACCCCCGGGGACGUCAGGACCCGAAUCGAAGGGCCGCGGGGACCCCACGCGCCCCUCGCAGCCCGGGCCUGUUUCCUGGAAGUCUUUAGCAGUCACAUUUGCUAUUGGAGGAGCUUUAUUGGCUGGAAUGAAGUACUUCAAGAAAGAAAAGACAGAGAAGCUGGAGAAGGAACGGCAGCGAAGCAUUGGAAAACCUUUACUUGGGGGGCCGUUUUCCCUCAUAACUCAUACUGGAGAACCCAAAACUGAUAAAGACUACCUGGGUCAGUGGGUAUUGAUUUAUUUUGGUUUCACUCAUUGUCCCGAUAUCUGUCCAGAAGAACUAGAAAAAAUGAUUCACGUCGUGGAUGAAAUAGAUAGUAUUCCAACUCUGCCAAAUUUAACUCCUCUUUUCAUCACUAUUGACCCAGAGAGGGACACAAAAGAAGCCAUUGCAAAUUAUGUGAAAGAAUUUUCUCCCAAACUGGUUGGCUUGACGGGCAGAAAAGAAGAGAUUGAUCAAGUGGCCAGAGCUUACCGAGUGUAUUACAGCCCUGGCCCCAAGGAUGAAGAUGAGGAUUACAUAGUGGAUCAUACAAUAAUAAUGUACUUGAUUGGGCCAGAUGGUGAGUUUCUUGAUUAUUUUGGCCAGAACAAGAAGAAUGCAGAAAUAGCUGGUUCAAUUGCUGCACACAUGAGGGCACACAGGAAAAAGAGGUAGCCAAAGCAGCAUUGCCAGCUCAGUGUUCACUUGCUAAAGAGGAAGGAAGCUUUGUCUCCCAUAGGAGCCAACAUGCAUACAUAUACAUAUGUGCAACCUACAGAAUGGCCUUCAGACCAUGAGAACAUCUAUAUUUUGGACUGGACAUGUUACCCUGGGGAUCGGCCGACAUAGAUUCUUGGAACAGUAACAGUUACAAUCCAAAGCCUCCCAAAUAUCCACUGCCAGACCGGAGGACCAAGUUAAUGUGCAUCCAGGGGGAUGGACCUCAGGGAAGGACACAGCCUGGAGAGACCCAGCCGCGGUGUGUCCGCAUGUGAGCAGGCCCUCUGAUCACCGUUGCUGCCUCUCCAGUGUCUGGGACCCUUGCUCAUACAGGCUAUGGGACUGAGUUUUCAGGAAGAAUGCAAAUUCCAUAAUGCUGUUGCUUCCCCCUUUGAGUUCUUGGUGGCUGAUAACAGUCAAAUCAGGCUCUCUGCCAUUCAAAGUUAAUCUUUAUACUUAAAAGCAUAAGUGUAGUCUUCCCUGUUGAGGAAUAUCACUGUCAGGCUUGCAUUGCAUUCCUCUGUCAGCAAGUGCUGAUUUGACUAAUGAAGAGGAAAUCUAUUGUUGAAGAAAGCCAUUAGAUUAGUUUCCCUAGGGAUCUUCUAUGUGAUUUUUAGCCGAAUGAUGUGCCAGGUUUGCAAUGACAUACCAAAAUGAAAGGAGGAUAUUGAUCAUGAGUGUGAUACAGAGUGAUUUUCUGCCUAUACUGGAUUGUACUGUGUGUGAAAUAAACGUGUGUUCAGUUUUGUAACUUGAA